AGUAGGCUAGGCUUUUGCAUUCUGGGAUUGAAGUUUGUAGAGGAUUUGUGCUUUUGUGAAUCACAAUGGCGGCUUCAGUGAAAUUCAUUUGCUUUCUAGGACUGCUUGCAGUUGUACUCAACAUUGCUGGGCUUGAUGCGGCUGGAGAAUGCGGAAAGUCAUCUCCAGAUAAUGAGGCAAUGAAGCUAGCUCCUUGUGCAACAGCAGCGCAAGAUGAGAAAGCUCCGGUUUCUGACAGUUGCUGCGCCGAGGUGAAAAGAAUAGGCCAGAACCCAAGCUGUCUCUGUGCUGUUAUGCUUUCUAAUACUGCAAAGGCAUCAGGAAUUAAGCCCCAAAUUGCUAUGACCAUCCCCAAGCGCUGCAACAUUGCAAAUCGUCCAGUGGGUUACAAGUGUGGACCUUACACACUUCCUUGAUGAGAUAACAAGUAGAACUGAAGGCCAUGGAUGGGGCGUUAAAAGUACUUAAAUUGUGGAAGCAACUAUGUUGCUUUGACUUGUCUUUGUAGCAAUAAAGCCUUAAAGUUUGUAAUCGCCUUCAUAUGAAUAAUAAAAUAUAUUAAUUUUUGAGUAA